CAAGCAACCUAAACGUCUGUUAUGCAUGUCAUCAACCUGGACAUCUAGCCCGAGAUUGCCCUCACAGGCCUCCGCAACAGCGUAUCGGGAUCACGCCGAUGGCCGCGGCGCCCAUCGCUAACGGACCAGGACGAGUAGGAGCUUUGAUGGAAGAAGUAGACAGUGGGGGAAGUGCCUUAGCCACCACGGAAGAGGCCGUCGAGCUAAUCCCGUUACAUCAGUACGUAUCACUUGGUUACCCUGGGCUUGGGAUGAUCGAAAUGAUCAGACCAGCGCGAGAAUAUAAAGAGGUGGCGGAGUGGCGACCUUCUCCAGGUAGGAAAAACGAUCUGAUCAUGCUUUCCGAGAAAGAUCAGCUCGUUUCGGCUGACGAAGAAAAGAUUAAAAUAGUGGGAAAAAUGACCAAUGUCGCUUUUCGACUAGGAAAGGUGCAUGCACUGGGACAUGUUGUCGUGUUAGAUGUGAAUACCUACGACGUUCUUUUCGGACUUCCUGCUCUAGUGGCGCUACGAGCAAACCUGGAUUUCGAACGACGAUCGAUCGUCGUCCGAAAUACAGGAGGAAAGCCCUAUGCGGUGCCUAUGAGACUAACCCUUCGUACCACCAUCAACGCAGUCCCACAGGUUUCGCCGAUGAUGGCAGGGACUCUCCGCAUGAUUUCCUCGGAUGAAUCCGCAGAUGGAAAGUCAUCGACAAAUGACGCGGACAACAGUGAUGAGGAUGACCCAGAGAUCCCGAAGCUAGCACGACAAUGUGUUUACUACCCGCCACCCAUAACGAUAGUAAGAAAAAUGCAUCUUACCAAUAGAAACGUCCAAAGGACCAAGGCAAUGAUCUUGGGUGAACCCCUCGUGCAGAUUUGGAGGAUGGUCGAUUCUUUGGAACCCCCUCAAACCCUGUACGAAGGGAUCACCCCGCUUCUCUCCCGAUACAUCGACAAAAAGCACUACUGUGACAUUGCAGAUCUCCCAAGGUCCCUUUUGACACCUGCCAAAGAAGUGCGGUUGUUACGCUUGGGGGCGAAAGCAAGUUCUCUGGAACCCCCUGGGCGUCUCGAAGCAGAAACAGACCAACUGGGGGUAAAGAUCGCAACUAAGAGUGUGCCAUGGCAGGAGAUAUGUGACGGGAUUACCCCGGAAGGACACGUGGCAAUCCGGGAAGAAGAUGCCCAGAUGAUGGCUACAGUGUUUUCCUGGCGAUCGGACCAUUCGUUCAUCUCAGCAUCCCCGCCCGAUGUGAAGAAACCUGCACACACAAAAAAGACAGAUGUACGGAUCUGGGAUCAACUUUUCGAGUUACACGUGCCACAGUACAUACCCGAUGAAAUUCAUCAGGUGAUUGCAGACAUUUUGACAGAAUAUCGGGGAGCGAUUAGCGUGACAGACACUGACAUUGGCCUGUCGUUAGUUAUUCAACACGAAAUACAGAUGGGAAAUCACUCCCCGAUCCAUUGUAAGCCGUACCGAUACUCCCUGAUAGAACGCAAAAAGGCCCUCGAACGAAUUCAAGAAUUUGAAACCUGCGGAUGGAUUAAACCCGCUACCCGACCCUGGUCAUUUCCCAUAGUAUUAGUACCGAAGAAAAACAGAGCGAUUCGCAUUUGCAUUGAUUAUCGCAAGCAAAAUGAGAUCACGAUCAAAAGUGUGUAUCCCCUCCCCCGGAUUGACGAUUUCUUGGAUGCGAUUGGAUGUGCUAAUUAUUUUAGCAAGUUUGAUAUUCGACAUGGUUUCCAUCACAUUCUGGUGAAGGAGGAAGAUCGGCCGAAGAUGGCCUUCGUGUUGUUUGAAGGCACGUGGCAGUGGGCUCGGUGUACGAUGGGGAUUUGCAACGCGCCUGCCACGUUGCAGCGAGCGAUGAACAUGACAUUCCAGAACUUUGUCAACAAGACGCGGCUGACACAGGGGAUGAUCAACUUCUGCGUGAUCGUGUACAUGGACGAUAUCCUUGUCUACUCAGAGACCUAUCACGAGCACGCGCAACACAUCGAGUGGACAUUAGGAGCGCUAAUAGACGCUGGGUUUAAGAUCGCGCUCGAAAAGAGCGAAUUUUCCCUUUCGGAAAUUUCGUUCUUGGGCCAUGUCGUGACACGUGGAGGACUGCAGUCGGACUCAAGAAAGGUUGCGGCGGUAAGAGAAGCCCGAGUUCCCACGUCGCUCAUGCAGGUUCGAGCCUUCUUAGGGUUGGCAUCGUACUAUCGUCGCUUCACCAAGGGUUUCGCCGCGAUUGCACUUCCACUAACGAACCUGCUAAGGGAGGACCAUUCUCUCAGCUGGGACGCAGAGCUAGCCCGAAAACGACAGAGGAUGACCGAAUUGGCCCAAGGCCGACAGGUCCGAAGCUACGAGGCCCGGAAUGGGAACGAAGGACCACGGCCCCAGUACAAAUUGGGGGACAUCGUGCAGGUGAAGAAAUGUGCUCGCCAGGAGCAAGGUGAUCUGCUGGGAAUCGUAUUCGGAAAGGUGGAGGAAGGUAAUCUCGCCUUGAUCACGGACGAAUUGCAGGUGUUUCUGACUCAGCUGGUGGACGAUCUGCCCCUGGACAUCUUGUCGCACAGUGACAAGCAGCCUGGCACCCACGUGCUGUCUCGAACGCUCGAGCCACACCUUGUGUGGUCCACGUGUAUGGAGAUUGACGAGGACAACUGUCUCUAUCCCUCCCAGGCGCUCUACCUGGACAUCGACGUUACUGAUCUCACGUUUUGGGACCCGAUUGCGAGGCAAAACGUGGCGCAGGACGAGGAGAUAGGGGGAGCAGACGAAGAGGAGGAAGAGGAAGAGCCAUCGAGCGAAGAACGAGACGAUCCAGACUACGUACCGGAAAGCGAAGCAGGGAUAGCCGACGAAUCGAGCCAACCGCGGGACGAGAACGAAGAGGAGGAAGAGGUGGAACCAGAUGAGGAGGAAGAAGAAGGAAACAAGCAAGCGGAGUCGGAGUAGGAAGGAUUCGAGGCCGAAGUGUGCGACGCAGCUCGAGAAAGAGCGCAAGAGCACAGAAAACGAAAGCACCAGGAGACCGC